CGGAGUACUUUUGAACACCGCGAGGGCGAGGAGGAUUCUUAGUAGAUCAUUCUUAAAAUAACCAAGUAUUUGUGCUAGAUGUAAAGAGGCCUCGUGCUCAAAUUGAUCUAAUUGGUCGGUUGAUAACCGAAUUACAUUUGGUAAAGUAGCAUGCAUUAGAUUAACAGGGCUUUCUGAGAAACACUCGCAGUUGAUGAGGCGGCGAUGAACUUGGAAGAGAUCCAAGCGCUUUCAAAGAUGGACGGUCCGCCAUCAUCAACAGGAUCUGAUACUUCUUCACAGUACGGGGGGCAUUUUACUGAAGAAGAUCUGCAGUAUGUUCUGUACGGAAGAAAUUCUGUGGAAGAGGUACACAUUUUAGAAACGAUGACUGAAGAAGACAUGGAAAGCUCAGAACAACAAUCCAAGGUCCCCAAAACAACGCCAGAUGGAAGAUGGAUUGAUGUAGCCAUGGAAACAGGUCAAAAAAAGUCUGCAAGGAAUGCAAAACUAAGCUACGCUGUGGCCUCGUUCCCAGAUGAAGUGAAACUUUGCCUGUCUGGAAUCCCAGGGGAGGGUUAUGGAGUUUGCGCAAAGCAGCAUAUUCCCGUGGGAACAUGGAUUGGUCCAUAUGAAGGAAAGUACCUUUCAACUGAUAUCGUUACCCCGGAUAUAGACACGUCAUACAUGUGGGAGGUCUACGAGAACGAGAAACUGGCCUUUUUUUUAGACGGUAGUGAUAUGGAGACUUCGAGCUGGAUGCGCUUUAUUCGUUGCGCUCGUCACAAAGAGGAGCAAAACAUGUUUGCAUUUCAGCACAACAAGAGUAUCUUUUAUCGCGCUUUCCGUGAAAUACCAAGUGGUACAGAGUUAUUGGUGUGGUAUGAUGAUAACUAUUACUUGCAGCACAUGGGGAUACCUGUCGGUAACUGGACGAAGAAUAUUUCACAACACUUUCCAGAUUUCGAAGGAAAAGCAUCAAGCACGAAGCAUGCUGACAGCGUCACUAUUUCAAGUGCGCAACCACAGACGGAACAAGAAACCUCUCCUGAUAAUGUCAGUCACGAAGCUGACCAUCAAGCAAGGAGCAGCAAGCCUAAUGUUAACUACAGCUCCCCUCCUUGUAAGCGGCUGGUGGACAAAUCAUUCCUUCAAGAAACAGAACGACCUCUCAAGCGGCCUCGAAGGCAACAAGAAUCAAGCAAUAGUAUGUCACCUGCAGAAAACAACUCGAUAACCACCACAGGAAUUCAGCUGACUACUGGAUACCGCAAGAUAUACGAGAAAGUUUUGGAGAACUUCAGGGAGUGUGAUGAUUUCAAAUGUGGUCAGUGUAAAAUGUCCUUCACUCAGCGUUCUCUUCUGAACAAUCAUCUUUGUUCGCGCAUGUCUUGUAAGCCCUACCGAUGUGGCCAUUGUCAUGAAUCUUUUGCUCAACCAAAAGAGCUGCGUAUGCACGCAGUUGUUCACGUGAGCGAGAAGCCCUUCAAAUGCGGGUACUGCCUGCGAUCGUUUAGUGGAGCGACCACCUUGAAUAAUCACAUGCGCACGCAUACUGGAGAGAAGCCAUUUUCGUGCGAACGGUGUGGGAAGUCAUUUUCACAAGCUUCCCAGCUUAGCCGACAUCGUAGGAUUUGCGUAAAUUAAAAUUUUUCAGGGAAUGAAGUUAGCUGCAUCCUGACUGAAAUCUUAAAAAUGAUAACUCUCAUUAUGUAUUACAAAUAAUGUUGAAGAGUGCCAAGUGAAGUGAGUAAAACACCAUGGAAUGACAACUAGGGGGAUUUUAAUCUUACACUUAGCUUCACAUGUACAGGAGGUAACAUGUUUAUGUCCACUGAGUUAUUAACUUUAGAGUAGAUUCUUUAGAUGAAGAACGCUGUAUUGUAGUUCGGCUUGGUUUCUUUCUCUCUCGCGUGUCCCUAAUAUAUAAACAUUCCGCUUAUUUCACUGUUUCAUCGUAAAAAGAAUUGGAUUUCUCUUUAGGCUAUGUGAUUAGCUUACAUUCAAAUCAACUCAUUUUUGAAAUUUCUAACGCAAUUUAUUGAAAUAAAUAAACCUGUUUUGGCACGGCACGGCACGGCUUUUAUUAAUUAUCAUAGUUAUUUACCGACGUAUGACGCGUACAGCGUCUUUGAAUAUUUAUCCUUAGCAAGUGGUUAUGUAUACAAGCCGUUGAUGUAAAAAGGCUAUUAGUUGUAGUGCACCUUUAA